AUGAACAAGUCAUUACCAUUAACAUCGCGAGCCAAGACGACGGCAUUAAAGCAACCAAAGGAGUUGUUUACUUAUACUAGGAAUAUAGAUGGUCAACAUCAAUAUAAUAAAGAUAAUAUUCAUAAUAAUUUAUCUUAUUAUUAUUUACCUGAUUCAAAAAUUGAUACAAGAAUAGAUUUACAACUGGGAUUUAAAAAUUUUAAAAAAAUACCAAUGGAAGAUGAUAUAAAUACUUAUCCUGCAUUACUUGAUCAAAUUAUAGAAUAUGAAAAACAAAUUCAACAAAAAUUAGAAACUGAUAUUAUAACAUUUAGAGGUAUAAUGACUAGAUUAAUGAGUAUACCUUAUAAUUUACAAGAUCCAAUAGAUUUAGUUAUAGUACCAUAUGAUGGACAAUUAUUUAUGAAUUGGAAUUUUGAGAUUGAAUAUAAGAGAAGAAAAGAACAAGAAGAUAGACAAAGACAAACAACAACAAAAGAAAAAUAUGAAUAUAUUAAAAAAUGUGAAUAUAGUGGAUAUAAAUUUGAAACUAUUUCAACUAUUCCAGAUAUAUGGAGUAAUAUAUCAAGAAAAUAUAUAGAAACAAGACAUAAAUUACCAGUUAAUAAUUAUGAACAAUUUUUAUCAGUUAUUAAAACAGGUAUUGGAAAUGUUAAAUUAAUAUUAGCAGGAGAAAUUGAUUGUUGUUGGGAUUAUAUACCUGAUAAUACACUGAAUUCAUUAAGUCAUUAUGUUGAAUUGAAAACCACCAAAAUAAUAGAAAAUGAUUAUCAAGUUCUAAAUUUUGAAAAAAAAUUAUUUAAAACUUGGUGUCAAUGUUUUUUAAUGGGUAUAACAAAAAUAAUAUAUGGAUUUCGUGAUGAUUUAUUUAUAUUAAGAAAUGUUGAAAUUUAUAAUACUGAAGAAAUACCCAUAUUAAUAAAAGAAAAUCCUUUAAAUAAUUUAAAACAAAAUCAACAAACCAAGAUUAAUUGUACUUCUGCUUUAAAAUGGUAUGGUGCUGUAGUUGAAUGGAUUAAUUCAUCAAUUGAUAAAUUAGAUGAACUGAAAAGUUAUGGAUUAAGUUAUGAUCCUAUAAAGAAAAGUUUUAAUUUAACACAAUUAAAAGAUGAAGAAAAUUCUAAAUUAAGAAAUGGUGGACUAUUGACUGAAAAGUUUAGAACUUGGAGAGAAGAAGAAAUUAAAAAUUUAUGA